AUGGUGCCACCUGGAUUUAUUUUCCAGCCAACGGAUGAGGAGCUCUUGGAUUUCUUCCUCAAGGAGAAGCUCCUCCAUCAGCCACUUCCAUGCGACAUAAUCAAAGAAGCCGAUGUCUAUGGAAACCACCCCAACAACCUUAAUGCUCAAAUGGCCAUGGCAAAUGGAAACUUGGAGGGGUUCUUCUUCACCUGGACCACUCGAAAGCAUCCAAACGCAGAAGCCAGCAUAAGAGCAUCUCGGGUUGCAGGCCAAGGUCGAUGGAAAUCUACCCAAUCGGUGAAGCCAGUGCUCAACAGCAAGGGCCAGGUCAUUGGCUCCAAACAAAACUUCAGCUAUAUAGAACGCACCUCCUUGGGCAAGGAGGAAAAGAGCAUCUGGUUGAUGGAAGAAUACUCCAUCCAGAACCUUAGAAGAUGUGGUGGUGCAGCUAUGAUGAUGGACCGAAAUAAGCUGGAUGACUGGGUUGUUUGCAAAAUUUAUCUGAGGCCGAGUGCUCGCAAAGAAUUGUGUGGUACAGAAGUUCCUAAAAUGAAAAGCAGAGAGCUGGAGGUGCAAGAAAUAUGGUAUCAACCUUUUGUAUUACCAAUCGAGGAUAGCAUGAUUUCUCGGCCAGCUGGCAAUACCCUCCUACAGAUCACUGAAGGAUUGGACCAAGAGGUGGAGUUUUGUUCUUGUAAGUCGCAUGAUAGCUUACUACAGUAUCCAUCUCCUGAUGAGCUACAAGAGAAUUUUGAAUCACUACCAGCUGAUAAGAUCCUCCAACAAUUCGCUGAUGCGCCUGAUACAAACUCUGAUGUUCUGCAAUUGCCGACUCUUGAUGAGCUAAAAAGGAUUUUUGAAUCACCACUGGCUGAUGAGAUUCUCCAACAAUUCGCUGAUGCACCCGAUGAAGGCGUUGGUGUUGAGCAACAUGACAUGACGAGCUUUUCUCCACCUUGUUCUACAUAG